AUGACGGCAACUACGGCUAGUACAAGUGGUACAUCCAACCAACAUCUCAGCUAUUCCACGCCCGAGAACAGCCUAGUAAUGUCCGAAACGUCGUCCGGUAACACGUCGAUGCAAGAUGUUCCAAUAUCACCAAUGAAGCUUCCCAAAAUGAGAUCUGCCCAGCAUCCACGAACCAUUCUGACUCCACCACCACCACUACAGGAACAACCACAACAAUAUUCUUCGACCGGCUCAUCCUCGUCUCAACCACAGUCCCCUUUUGAUAUUGAUUAUAAUUCGGACGACGAUGAAACGGUGGGCCUGGAACAUUUUCAGCCCCUCGACAUGGACACCUCGCUUCCCAAAAUUGAAUAUUGUCAUGAUACAGAUGCGGAAGACUAUCGAGGUGGACCCUGUCAACCUUCCAAAAAACAAGAUCCCAGGGAAAAGUUCCAAGUGGGAGAUCAUGUCUACCAAUGGAGAUCUUGGGGUGGCAUACCAGGAGUCUUUCAACAUCAUGGAAUUGUCAUGGAUAUCAUUAAUGAUUUGCAUACUGGAGAUUUCAAAUUGACCAUUGCUGACUUUUCCAAUGUUGCGACUCCCAGCAACAAAAAAUUGCCAAACAAGAAACAACAAUCGGGCUUCUUUCAAGAGGGAAUACUGAGGACGUACACAGAUGCCAGCAAAUGGCACAAGGUAGAAUACCAAGCGAAUUGGUGGAAACGAACUGCCUACAGAGCAGGAACCUGUACUUCGUCCAAAUCGGAUGCCGUUGGCCUGGUAUUGGCUCGAGUCAACUUUAUCAUUCAAUAUCCAGAAUUGCUACCAGACUACCAUGUCAUUUAUGCCAAUUGCGAGUGUGUGGCCUUUUGGUGCAAGACAGGAGAAUGGAGUACUCUGCAGGCAAGUACUAUGUUGGAAAUGGCAGCCGCUGGUCAAGCCAAACAGUCUGCCACCUUGGCUCUGACAGCCGCAUCCGCCCAGGUCAGUGUACCAGCAUCUGGUGUUUGGGGUUGGAUGGGAUACAGCUCGACUGUCAGUUGGCUCAGUUUGCAUCCAAUGGUGGCACCAGCAUUGGCGGGAUAUGCAGCUGUGACGAUUGGUACACCAGCGAUUAUUUAUUACAAAGCCAAGGGACGUUGGGAGGAGACGACCAAACACUUGUGCGAUUCCUUUUGGGAAUCGGCCUUGGAGCAACCAGAUGUCUUUGCGGAGUGCAUGACACACUGGUCCGAGAAGAACAUAUUAUGA